GUGACUUAACAGACACUGAAGGCUUAACACAGUGCCUGCCACAUCAUAAGGAUACCCAAAACAUACCAGCUGCGAGGCUUAGCAUCAGUGCUCCUCCUGGCACAGCUCUGUAAGCUCAUCUGCUGCUGAAAAGUCUCUGUGAUCUGAAUGUGGAGGAAAAAAGAAAAAGAAACUAGAAACAGUCAGAAACUUGUGGGCUUUGCUUCCCAUUGGUUGAAUUGGUGUUGCCCUGGCAGCACCCGUAAACAUUCUGUCUGGGAAUCUUGGGGAAAAGCUGCUUGGAGACUCCUUCUGAGGCUUCCCCAGCUACCACUGCUACUGCUUCAAACAAGGAUCUGGUUGCUCAGGCAAAAGAAAAUGAAUGAGCCUAAAAAUGUCAAAAUUCAGAAGACAGUGAAAUUGGAUGGCCAAGAUGAUAGCAAAGUGACUGCCAUAGCUCUAGCUAUAGUUAAGGAUGUCAUCGAUGCUGCUGUUAAGUUUGUGGAAGAUGCUGACAACCCCAUCAAAAAUAUCAAAUGGAUCACACACGGGGAAUUCACAGCAGAAAGGGGCCGUAAACAAAUUGAGCAGUUUGUUUUGACAUGGGAGUAUCAAAGACGCUGGGCGCACUACACAGAAUUUAUAGAGAGGAAAGACGUAAUUCACAGCUUCCACUACAUCUACUGUGUACGUUGGAGUGUCCCAACUGCUCCAAGACCCAUUGCGAAAGUCACGGCUGCUGCCUACUUCACCAUCAAGAUCAACAAAAACAAACCUCCGGAUGCACCUAUUGAUGUCUCAUAUGUCUUUGAGGAGCAUUCAUUAGUUCACAGACCAGGAAUGAUUCGCUUUCGAGAAAAAUGGCCAAGGGACAUUAUUGAUGCCAAAAAUAUUUUAAUAGAGUCAAUCAAAUUAUCACUCAAUAUUGUCUGAUUUUUACAGAAUGUUUUAGGUUUGUUGUUCUAAUUAGAAUAUAUAAAAAUACAAUACUGCACAUCAAACCACAGAAUAUUUAUUGAAUAAUAAACUUGUGGCACACAAUCCAGUUGUAUUUUUUUGCAUUCAUUUUCCAUUCUGCAAAUUCUAUCACAUUAGCAAAGUAACCAGUAUGUUGUUUUCUAUUUUCUAAAAGAUUUUUCCCAUCACUAUAUGCAUCAUUUCAGGGUCUUACAGGUAUAGAGCUGAAUUUAGAGAAUUGCUAAAAUUCACUUGUCAAACCAAACUAAGACUGGUACUUGGCUGCUUGUGCCCCCAUCUGAGCCUAAGUCUCUAGCCAGACACACCUCUCUUUAUGGGCACAAUUGGGGAACAACAAAAUGGCGACAGUUCUACAGAUCAUAAUAUAAGCAGUCUAAAGGGUUUUACUACUCACAGACCCCUUCAUUUACUGUGAGUUAAGCUUCACUGCUAAACAAUACAUUUUGAAACUCUGAAACUGGCAUGCUGCCUUCCAUAACACAUCAUCACACUCAUGAUAGCAGCAGGGU